UCCACAUCAGAUCCAGAUAGUCCUUUACAACCAACUGCUGAUGAGACGUCACAAUCCUCUGAAUGUGAGACUGAUAACAGUGACGAUUGGAAGGAGACUCAGGAACCUCAGUCACGUUUAAACCCUUUGGAAAACAAUGAAGUCCCUGGAGGUGACAUGGACUGUGGUACUGGAAACGCAUCAAUUAGCUCUUCUCAAUAUGCUGGAAGCUUUGGCCAAAAGAGACAUCCGAAGAGACACUCUGGAGCCACAACAGGAGUGACCAGUUCUUCAGUUUGUGGUAAAACAUUCAGACAAGUGCAACCUCUGAAACAACACUCAACUGUUCAUACAGGAGGAGAGAAACUAUUCAGUUGUUCAGUUUGUGGUAAAACAUUCAGACAAGCAUCCCAUGUGAAACAACACUCAACUGUUCAUAUGAAAGAGAAACUAUUCAGUUGUUCAGUUUGUGGUAAAACAUUCAGACAUGCAGGCCAUCUGAAACAACACUCAACUGUUCAUACAGGUGAGAAACUAUUCAGUUGUUCAGUUUGUGGUAAAACAUUCAGUCAAGCAGGCAAUCUAAAACGACACUCAACUGUUCAUACAGGUGAGAAACUAUUCAGUUGUUCAGUUUGUGGUAAAACAUUCAGUCAAGCAGCCGAUCUAAAACGACACUCAACUGUUCAUACAGGUGAGAAACUAUUCAGUUGUUCAGUUUGUGGUAAAACAUUCAGUCAUGCAGGCGAUCUAAAACGACACUCAACUGUUCAUACAGGUGAGAAACUAUUCAGUUGUUCAGUUUGUGGUAAAACAUUCAGUCAUGCAGGCGAUCUAAAACGACACUCAACUGUUCAUACAGGUGAGAAACUAUUCAGUUGUUCAGUUUGUGGUAAAACAUUCAGACAUGUAUGCAGUCUAAAACGACACUCAGCUGUUCAUACUGGAAAAACAAAUUAGUGUUCAGUUUUCUAUAAAAGAUUCCCUCUUUGAUUUUAAAAUAAAUCACAAUUGCAUUGUUGAGGUCAUCAGAAAUAAAUGAGACAUUGUUGUUGUUGAUGUUGUUAGCAGAGUUGAUGUUCAUGAUAAGGUUGAAGAAGUGUUCUUGCUUGUGUUGCUGCAAGUCUUAAACCUAUAUGAUAUAUAUUUAUAUGUAUAUACGUAAAUCUAUAUUUUUUUAUAUAUAAAUAUGUAUUUCUAUAUAUAUAUAUAUAUAAAUAGAGAUUUAUUUAAAAACAAAUUCCUUUAUAUA